GGAUGACGGUCGUGCUGAUCUUCCUCAUAAUGAUAAUCGAGCCGGUUUUCCACCAGACGUCUUUCGAGCCGAUGUUCCCCAUGAUGACGUUCGAGCGGCUCUUCUUCCUGAUGUCGUGCGUCCCGGUUUUCAUCCAGAAGGCGUUCAGGGUGAAUCCGGUCUUCUUCUUGAAGACGUUCGGGCCGAUCUUCUUCCAAGUGACGUUUGUGCCGAGUUUUUUCCAGACGACGUUCGCGAUGCCCUGCGUUCAGAUGGCGUUCGUGGAACACCGGAUCUUCAUCCCGAAGUCGUUCGAGCCGAUCUUCUUCCAGAUGACGUUCGUGCCGGUUGCUUUUCAGACGACGUGCGUGUCGAUCUUCUUCCACGACGUUCGUACCGCUUUUCUUCCCGACGGCGUUCGCGUCGAUCUUCUUCCAGAGCCCGUUCGAGCUGAUCUUCCUUCAGAUGGCGAUCGUGCUGGGCUUCUUUCUGGUGACGUUCGUGCUGAUCUUCAUCCAGUUGUCGUUUGCGGAAAUGCCGGUCUUUUAUUGGGCGACGUUCAAGGAGUUGCCGACCCCCGUGAUGUCCAUGGUUUCCCAAGGCUAGCCGCACAUGGGCGUUCACCCUCUUGUCAUUCGUAACGUAGCGCUGGCAACGUAGUGCUCGCUUGUUGCUCAUGCCAAGAGUUUUGUUCGUCAAGUCGUCGCCUUGAGGUGACAGCUGGCCACGAUAGACACUAGCAUGAAUGCCCUGUCCUCUGACCUGGCUGACGAUCGGGGAAACAGGGAUGUACGAAGGAGGCGUCGUGCUGCCAUGAGCAAGGCUGUCCGAAUGCGUGAUGGUGUGAAGAGUUGUUCAGUCGACUCAGCUGUUUCGACGCUGUCUUCGAUGAAGGUACCCGGCAGGAGAGUCCUGGGAAGGGC